GGAAUAAUUCCGCUUCCGUUUGGAAAGGGGCAGCCUCAGUCUCCGCGGCCGCCGCCUGCCCUGCCGCCGUCUCCUUUGGGGCGCCCCAGUCCGACCCGGCCCGGCCCUCCCGGAGCUCCGCUCUCUGCUCCCCGCCAUGGCAACCUCUCCCCAGAAGUCGCCCUCGGCCCCCAAAUCUCCCACCCCCAAGUCACCCCCGUCCCGGAAGAAAGAUGACUCCUUCUUGGGGAAACUUGGAGGAACUCUGGCCCGGAGAAAGAAAGCCAAGGAGGUGUCUGACCUUCAGGAAGAAGGGAUGAAUGCCAUCAAUUUACCUCUCAGCCCAAUCCCCUUUGAGCUGGAUCCCGAGGACACCAUGCUAGAGGAGAAUGAAGUCCGGACAAUGGUGGAUCCAAAUUCACGGAAUGACCCUAAACUGCAGGAACUGAUGAAGGUAUUAAUUGAUUGGAUUAAUGAUGUUCUGGUUGGAGAAAGGAUAAUUGUGAAAGACUUGGCUGAAGAUAUGUAUGAUGGACAAGUCCUGCAGAAGCUUUUUGAGAAACUCGAGAGUGAGAAGUUGAAUGUUGCCGAGGUCACCCAGUCUGAGAUUGCCCAGAAGCAAAAGCUACAGACUGUGUUGGAAAAGAUCAACGAAACACUCAAACUGCCCCCAAGGAGCAUCAAGUGGAAUGUCGACUCUGUCCAUGCCAAGAGCCUUGUGGCAAUCCUGCAUCUUUUGGUGGCUUUGUCCCAGUAUUUUCGAGCCCCAAUCCGACUCCCAGACCAUGUUUCCAUCCAAGUUGUUGUGGUUCAGAAACGGGAAGGAAUCCUCCAGUCUCGGCAAAUCCAAGAGGAAAUAACCGGUAACACCGAGGCUCUAUCGGGAAGGCAUGAGCGUGAUGCCUUCGACACCCUGUUUGACCAUGCUCCAGACAAGCUCAAUGUGGUGAAAAAGACACUCAUCACCUUUGUGAACAAGCACCUGAAUAAGCUGAACCUGGAAGUCACAGAACUGGAAACCCAGUUUGCAGAUGGAGUGUACUUGGUGCUGCUCAUGGGCCUCUUGGAGGGCUACUUUGUGCCUCUACACAGCUUCUUCCUGACCCCAGAGAGCUUUGAGCAAAAGGUUCUUAACGUGUCGUUUUCCUUUGAACUGAUGCAAGAUGGAGGGCUGGAAAAACCAAAGCCAAGGCCAGAAGAUAUCGUCAAUUGUGACCUGAAGUCCACCCUUCGGGUGCUUUAUAACUUGUUUACCAAGUACAGGAAUGUGGAAUGAAGAAAGAAUGGACCUGGAUCCCAGGGAUGUGCCAGUGACUCACUUCACACCUCUGAGCUGAGGCAGCUGGACGGGACGCCUAAUCGAAAUGAACUCUAUUCUCACCACGCUGAAUGCUAGCUGGGAUUACUUACUCAGAUUAUGUAAUUAAAAUUUUGGAGGGAAAUUAUUAGGUACUUACUGGAUAUCUAGCUCUGGAUUCCAAAAGGAUAUCUAGCUUUUAAAGUGCACCCCAGCCCUUAUGAUGUUAUAGAACUUAACUGUGACUUUCAUUUCCCAGCCCUUUCCCUCAAUAUGAGAAUUGGGACCCUUUAAGGAAGAGAGGUCUUUAAAGACUAGAACAAAAUAUGGGUUGUGAUAGGUAGGUGGGGGCACUUCCCUUUAGAGAACAUUUACUUGCUUUUUAUUUGUUUUUAACCAAAAAAGAGAGGCCGAGUGCUACAGUGUAUAGAGCUAGACUUGGAAUCAGAGACCUUGGUUCAGGUCUAGCCUUUAUCACAUACUAGCAAAAUGAUCAGGGACCUGAUCAAUUCUCAAAGUCUCUGAGUUACAGAUGAGUUGCCAAAUUGUAUCCGAGGAAGGACUUUCUAUGCCAGGAAUCCCUUAUAUUGAAGAAAUCACAGAUCUAGGCCAAGGGGGAAAAAUAAGACCUACCCUAGUGUGCCUUUCAAACUUCCUCCCCUCAUUUCUAAGUCAUCUCAGAAGGAUGGAGUAUGUAUGAGAAGGUGAGUGGAGGUCAGUUCCAUCAUGUGUGCUAUGACACAGUGAGGCUAAAGGGUCCACGCUGAAAUAGGGGAGUUGAAAUUUAAGCCAAAUCAUACUAUAUAUAGUCGAAAUUAUGUCUCAAAUACUUUUUACAAACUAAAAUGACUCAGUUCCUUUUGAUUGGUAAUAACAUGAGGCCUGGGUUUAGAUGUAACUUUUGGGCAAAUUCUGGAGGUAGUUUUUCUUCUUUAUUACCUGUAACGGAAAUGCCCUAUAUUUUCCUUCCUACUAAAUACCCAAUUCAUCAUAGUUGGAAAAAUACAUUGAGGCUUAUGGAGCAGAGACCAUCUCAGCAAUUCCCAGAAAGUGGGACCUUCUAGGAGGGAUCCUUGAUCUGUCAAACAAAGAAAAAUCCUUUCUACCCAUUUCCUAAUUGAUCACUAAAGCCAUCGCUAGCCAAGUUCAUCCAGCAGCAAUUGCCAGCUAAUUAAGGUGAGGAGGGAAAAAAGUCAUUUAGAACAAAGCUUAGCAGUUCACUUGUUCUGGAUUGUUCUGGUGCAGGGGUUCGGAACCUGCAGCCUCGAGGUCAUAUGUGGCCUUCUAGGUCCUUGGGUACAGCCUUCUGAGUCCAAGUUUUACAGAACAAAUCCUUUUAUUAAGGGGAUUUGUUCUGUGAAGUUUGGAUUUGGUCAAAAGGCUACACUUGAGGACCUAGAGGGUCACACGUGGCCUCGAGGCCACAGGUUCCCCACCCCUGGGGUAACAUGUAGCAUGACCCCAGGGAAGCUGACAGCUAUGUCCUAUAGGGAGAGCAAUAGUACCUGUGUGUUUGGAAGGGUGGGGGGGGUGGGUUAGCCUGCACGUCUUAAAUACAGGGGAAAGUAUGUGACAGAAAAAUGCUCAAUGUAUAUAACCAGCCUGCAGUGGUGCUUAUGGAGCUUUUAAAGGGCCCAGCCCUGAAAUGAACUAAAUACGAAUAGAUAAGUAACCUAUGUGUCAUUUAUAUUGUCUUUGCCUUAGAGAUACUAGAACUAUCACAGAGAGCCAGAAAAAUGGCCUGUUGGCCUCUCCCUCCUACAGAGAGGUCCAUGGAUGCCCUGUUACUGCUUUAGGACCAUUAUACAAGUCUGUCUCUCUUAUUAGCUUCCAAAGGGUCCAUUGGAAUAUAAAUCCAUACUGAACAAAAAGGGACCAGGCUGAUCAUGCUCCAGAAAUAUUCCUCUUAAGCCUUUGGAUGCGAACUUGCUGGUCUUCUCACCACAUGGUUUUUUACAAAAGCAGUAACUCAGAAUGAUUGCGUUCGAGAUGCAUUGUGUGAUGUUGGGGAUCAGUGUAUCGCUAGAGGAAUUAUUUUCUAGUUAAAGUUGUGAACUCUCCAAGAUGCAAAGGGGACAAGGUCCCUUGAGGGCAUUUAUCUAAGAAAGGCAAUUCUGCGAAUAGUUUGUGACAUUAUGUUUUUAAAAUUAUGUUCAUACUCAAUAUUUUAUGGUUUCUGCUGGCUUUCUUCCUUUUGGUUCCUGGUAGUAAAUCGAGAUAAAUAAUUGUUUUCUUUGUCUGAGUAAUACUGAAAAUGCUUUUAAAAAAUAGGAGGACUGUAUUCAUUUCUAAAUGCUUUGCUAGGAGGAUUUUACCUCUCCUUUUAAAAAAAGAAAUUGCACACAAGCAGCCAAUUGAUAAACAUUCUUACUUAGAUUCUUUGAUUGUUCAUUUUGUAUAUAUUCUAUAAGAAGGGGGAUGAAAUGAUCUGUAAACUUUUCAAAUAGUAAUAGGUGAAAGUUAUACCAGGCUUUACAUCCAUUAUCUUGUGUAAUCCUCAUACAAAUCCUGUUUUUCUUAUUUUUACAAAUGAGGAAACUAAGGCUCAUAGGUGUUAAAUGACUCACCCAAGGUCAUAUGUCAAAUCCGGUACUUAAAUCUAAGUCUUAUAGAAUUAAAAAGUCCUCAUAGAAA